GACCACAGCAUGCUGAAAAAGACGUAAAAACCCUCGGAUGCGAACCGUUUCUCGGCUUUCUUUACUUAUAGCAUAAGACAUGAACCGGGUAAAAAAAAUUGAUUGUGUAAACAUAUCUUGUUCCUUUUCAAAUGGAACUUUGCAUCUGCCCACGCGACUCAUGAUUUUCAAAGCAGACUAUUGAAUAUUAACUGAAUGUUUAGGAUUGAUUUUUGGCAAUCGCCAAUACAUUCAUUUUCUUGGAAACUAUAUGUUCAUUUUGUUGUUUUAUUCAGUGAAGUACUUACGAUCGAAGUUAAUAAUUUAUCCCAAAUCUUACAUUCAUUCAAUUACCCCUGCAUCUAAAGCGAUCAAAAACAAGAUAAUAUUGGAACGCCUUUUUCGUUGUUUAUUACGGAGGUGUUUAGGUUGUGUUGCGUUUAUUUGACUACAGCGCUGGGUACUUAGCUUUUUCCAAAUAUGUAAGUUGAAAAUACAACAAAAGAGACAUUGAAAUUGGUAGCGGUGGUGGCAACUAUGCAGUUCAUUAUAAGAGUAGUCAGAUAUACAAAAAUAAAAACAAUACGAUAAAAUUUGAGAGAAACUUUUUCAGCUGUUCCCCUGACGGAAAUCGCUACGAAUUGCGAAUGUGCGUGUCGCCUUUUGUUACAAAAGCGGAACGUAUCCCACAGCGUUUGGAGAUUGGCAAUGGAAUAUAUAAUCUUAGCAAACAGCCUUUGCAACGAAUUUCACAUUGUACUAUAUCUAGGUAGCCUUACAGAAGUUCUUGCAAUUCCAAAAUACAUCCGCUUGAACUGAAUUAGUAAAAUUUACAAGCCAUUAACCAUUUUUUCGUGAUUCGGGGGGAUAAAUUUUUUCUCAUUAGCGAACCAAACGUUGUCAUCUGCCUCUGUUUGAUCGAGCUCAAAACAUCUGUCUCACGGUGAAGAUUAGCAUACCACAUUAUCAUAACUGACCUCUUAUUUUUUCCUUUAAUUUUUCUUUUUUAUCUACAUUAAAGAAAAUCGCCUUUCUGUCGCAAGCUGUGGAGCAAGGCAUAGACUAACGAGCUGAAUUUGUGAUAUUGGCAAAGAUUUGGUGUAAUUCUGGAUUUCGUUUUUACACAGUGCUCAAAGCAAUAUUUUUCCAUUGACAAUCUUUGUGAGGAAUCCGCCAAUCAGAAGAUAUUCAAUUACAAUAGGCUUUUGUUCAAUUAUUUUCCUUGACAACCGCACUGCAUAAUUGGGAUCAAAUGCGUCUCACUUGUCUGUGAGAACAAUAGACUGUGGAGGGCGGCUUUGUUACCAACUUCCGCCAUUCUCCGCCAUACGGCAUGCUUUCAAUUCCUGGAAUUCUAUUGGCUCUCAACGGAACAAAGCGCCCCACACGCUGAAUAGCCACAAGGAAAACAGAUAUUGUUCCAUUCGGCAUUGUUCAAAGACGGCUUGGAUUUCCAUCAUUUGUUUCUAUUUCAGUGUUGAAACUUCGCUGCGAGACCACCAAGAAGGCUCGGAGUUGAAGAUUUGCGUCUGAAAUUCGAGCUCGCCAAUUUGUAGAACUCGCGCGUUUUGCGCCUCAUGACGUGUUUCCUAUUGUAUCACGUGACUACAAGAAAUGUCAUUUGUGUUCCAGUGAUAUUGCUAGUUGUGAUCAAACUCCAACAAUGGCUACGGUUGCGAGUGGAGUGAAUAACGCGAUCCCAAACGGACCUGAACUCGGUGAAGUGAAAAUAGAGAAAGUGGAUCAGAUCAAGACGAGCGAUCAGAACUUUAAUUGGAAAAUAACGACGACGGCGCCUUCAUAUAACGAUGCCAAUUCGCUGAGCGCAACAACAACCGUAACAGAAAACACGUCUUCGGACAACAGUAAUAAUGUAGUAGUGGCAGAAUGUCCUCAAAUCGAUGCUGCGACUUUAAAGCUUGCCACUUUUCCAAUGAAGACACAGAUUAUGCCUGGCCCUUACUCUGAAGUCCAACUUCCCAAAAAGGAAAGUCACGUCAAACGGCCGAUGAAUUCGUUCAUGGUUUGGGCGCAGUCAGCGAGAAGAAAACUCGCCGAACAGUACCCACACGUUCAUAACGCUGAACUAAGCAAAAUGCUUGGAAAACUCUGGCGAAUGCUUCCCCCGGCUGAAAAGCAACCGUACGUGGAUGAGGCGGCUAGGCUAGACAAAAGACACAAAGAGGAAUUUCCAGACUAUAAAUAUCGACCGAGAAGGAAGCAGAAACCGAUGAAACGUCCGUAUGUUCAAACGCGAGUUACUGUGACACCCGGGUGGCCUGCUGGACAGGCUCAAACUCCAAUCGCAAUGAACGGGACGGCGACCAUCGCAGCUCAAAACGGCACCUUUCCCUCUACAGCCUUGACUCAGAAUUCUCAGGUGGCUCAGGUUUUUCCACAAGGAAUUCAGACAGUCCCAGUGCAAGCAGUGAACAAUGGAGGCACGGUAACGUACGCGCCGAUCGGUAGUGUGGGGUACGUACCUACAACUCCUAUUCCGGGAGGAAGUAUGAUUCUACGACCAACGUUCGUUACAACUGCAGUAACGAAUCCAACGUCAAUCCAACCUGCAGCUUCUGUAACCGUGCAGGCGGUCAGAUCUACCGUAGCAACAACUUUUGCGACUCCGAGUUAUGCUAUCCCGUUAACACAGUACGCUGGAGCGCCGAUUAUUGUUUCGAGCGGUGUCAAUAACCUGGUUAACUCUACCGACAAUACAAACAUGGCUGCGGAAAAACCUACGGAAAACGCACCUAUCGCUACCAUAAGCAUUCCCGCUUCAAUGGCUGGGCCCAUGAGCAAUCAUUUCGCCUCUAUUGCGGCUGCAGGACUUAUGACGCCCAAUUCGGAUCCUGUCCAACCGAAAACCUCGGAAAGCCAACAUGCGGUGGAUAAUAAUUCCGUUCUGACUGUUUCUGUGUCGAGAAAUGGCACUGAAAACCAAGUUGAAGCGUCAAAUGCGGAGCAUCCACAGAGUAUUGAAGUGAAAACAGCUGAGGGAUGCCGGAUUUAAUCUUAAAUUACUCAUUGCUUCACAAAUCUCGGUAGGCCGUAGCGUGCAAGUACUAUCGCUAAAAAUUUUGUUUAUUUAUUUACUGUUAGUAAUUUGUAACAUGGUACUUUUCUUACGACUUCCUCGCUCUGUGGAACAGUCGUUUUUCUCUUUGGCUGUGGGUUCUCUCUGUCCUGCCAUUGUAUAUUCUGUGCACGUGUGACGGGCCUUUGUAUUGUGUACCUAGUUGUUGUUCAAUUGCAUCAAGGGUUGACAAUUCGGAGGCCACAAAUGAUUGUUCGUACAGAAUGAGUUUAUUAUGUUUUUGCCCAAUGUGCUUCACACGUCAUCGCCUCUCUCUUUUGUACGAUCUUUUCUACGAGGAAGGAUUUUCUCGCGGUAUUUUCUAUUGUUCGGCAGUAAACUGCAGUUCAAAAGAUUUUUAAUUGAAUGGGAGAUUAACAAUUGUGACAUGUUUGUUUCGUUUUAUAGCACGUUCAGCCUAGCGCUAAGCUGUAGUUUUACCGCGGACUAUUCUAAUUAUGCCUGCGAUUUCACACGCCUUCCGAAAGCAAGGUGUGUCUGUAGACAGUUCCAGCAUGUUCGAAUCCUGACUUAUUCGAACGAUCAAUCAUUUGAUUCGUGUGAACGAUCAUUCGUUCGUAUUCAAACAGUAAAUGGCGCUUUAUUUAUUGCGAACGGUGAGGACUGCAGUUGCUAUUUAUUUUAUUGAAACGGGUAUAUCAGAGGUUAAACGAUAUUACGAAAUUACCUGUUUAAAAUGAUUACUACCAAGUGCGAUUCUUAGGGAAAUAAAAAAACAUUCGAAAGCCGUACGCUCGAAUGGUUUCUAAGCCAUUUGUUUCUUUGAGGAUUUGAAAAGGUUUUAUUGUUUGAUUUGACAGGACUGUGUACAUUUCAAGAGAUUUGUGAUUACAAAACUGCUUGUCAAUUAUUUCUGAUCAAAACUCAGACAAAGACAUGUCGGUUGAUGAAUAGUUGUUUUACCUUCAGUUGUUAAUAAUUUUCAGUUAAGUUCUAGAAAAGAACAAAAAAUUAAGGAAACUUGCAUUAUGUAUGUUUUGUAUGCUUUUGGGUGACAUCUUUUUUUCCAGCAUUUAAUUUUUGGUUGCUUGCUGCCAACAUUUCUUUGCAACAAAGAAGGGCUUUUGUUUUCUGAAGAGUAAAUUUCUUCAGUUGUAGGUGAAGUUAGUGUGAAGCAUUGGGCAAAACAUAGGAAAAAGGUCUUGUUUUACUAGAGAGUUUGUUGGUUGAUUUGGUUCUCAAAAUUAAAAGACAAGUGCCAUAAGGUGUGCAUGCAAGAGAUCCGGGUCAAAUCGUAAAUAUUAAAUUCUACAACUGUUCUUGGCAGAGUUGAACAAUGAGUAGAUCUACACAGUGAGUUGAAAAUCUUCUGUUGCAAAAUGUAUGCAGGUUAUAUUCUUAUUGACUCCUGUUCUGAGAGUAAAUCUGUUUCAUGGGAAUCCUGCUGUUUCCAAGUUUAUUUUAUUCUUUCAUUACGAUACCGGGAAACUUUUUAUUUUAGUUUUGAGCUUAAAUGAUUAGUAAAUUUACCCUGCAUGUAUACUUUGUGACACUUUCCCAUGAAGUAAAUAUAGUCUCCUUUAUAAUUACACAAGUGUGUGGACACUCACUUCUCAGUGAAUUGUUUUUACAUCUUUAUUAUUACAUUCUAUUCAUACAAAGUUAUUCUUGAGACAAAGUUGAUUACAUAAAACUGCUUCAGUGUUAGUGCAAUGAACUUUUUAUUUCCUUUUGUAUGGAAGAUGUUGCAGCAUAUUUAUGAAAGAGUACACAUUAAUCUUUCAGAAGCGAAGAUAAACUGUAAUGGUAUGUAGUUACCUUAGACUUCAAGAGCCAUUUGUCGUAUUUAAGUGCAGUAGUUUGUAUUUUGAGGUGACUGUGUUAACAAUGUACAUUCAUCUUUUGACAACUUUAAUUACUCUACUUUUCAUGUUUUUGCAUUGUUUGUUUGUUAUCAUUGCUGAGGUUGUGAAAUUUUGUGGGAAAAACUAUGGGAUUUUGAAAAAGUCAGGAGAAACAAUGAGCAGUUUAACAAUCUAGUUCAGAAUGUAAAUUUUAGGUGGUGACAAGGUUUUGCACAGGUAUACUUAUUGUGAUCAGACAUACAGUUUAUGAUAAACACCAUGGAACCCCUUCUCUUUACAGAGGGGCAAUAUACUUACUGUACCUGUUGGGCAGAGUUGCUAUUAAUUGAUAUUUUCUGAAGGGUUGAUAUUGAAUAGUAAGACAAUAGUUGUGCGGAAUGGUAGAGUUCUAAAUGUGAUGAUAGGUUAUUUAACAAGGAUUAUGUUAACAUUCAUAUUCAAAGUAGUUUAUAGACACACAAAGUUUAUAAAUGAUGAAAAUACACGCCAUUCAAUUAUUGUAUGAAGAUAGAAAAGCCAGGUUUCCAUAUUAUUACACAUAGUUGAUUUUACUUUUUUCAAAUUAUAGUGGUAGAGGUAACUUUUUAGUUCAUAGGUAAUCAAAAUAGUUUGCUGAAUCUGUAGGCUAAUAAAUAGUGAAUAGAUUUUUACCAUUUGUAAGAUACUUUAUGCAUCUGGUUACUGUGUAACUGACAGAGUAAUUACCAGUAACUUUUAAAGAUUUAUCUGUACUUAAUAUUAUUGUAAAGAAAGGAUUUGACUGUUUUGUGAGAGCCCUUGGUACAACUGUUAUUCAUUAUCAUGUAGCAAAUUCUUGGUAUCGUGGAGGUAGACCCAUGCGCUUAACAAGUGCAUUAGAUUGUUUUGAUGAACCAGAGGAAGGUUGGAAUGUUAAUCUUAGUGAGGUACAUUGUAGAAGCAAUUCUUCUUUGAUUUUUGCAGGACUUCCUGUUUUAAAAACAAACAAAAUACAUUAAGAACCCUUAAUCUGAUCAGAAGUCCAUGCCAUUGUUCUGUAAAAGCAAAAUCAUUCAGACCUUUCUCUUGUUCGUCUGGUGUGUUGUAUAUUGGUUGUUGGCUCUGCAUACGUUCAUUAUUAAACAGAAAAUCAUUAUUUAAAAUGUAGUGUUUUUAAUUCAGAAUAAAUGUAAUGAACAUCUUUAUGAA